UCACACAUCGAAGGGAAGAGGUGCGGGGCAGCGCGAGAGAUGGAAAUAGUCAGCGUUAACUGAACGUGGCAUUAAAAAGCGGAUACUUUUUCCACUCAGAGCGAGAGCGACUGAAGAAAUAUUUUCCCCCUGAAAAGAACCUUGGAAGAUAUAAGAAGAGCAUCCAGGACGGACCGUGAGCAUCACAUCUAUCUGUCCGUUAUUUUGUCUCUUUAUCGGAUCAGCGCUCGAGCGCAACACACAGCGGGCGCACGCGGGGAGCGCGAGACGAUAUGGAGUAGCCUAUUUUUGAUGCUCAGGUUUAUUUACUCAUUAAGGAAACGUUUGUUUUUUUGUGCGUGUGUCUGGGCUUUAGUUUUUUAAAGUUAUUCAAUGUGACUGCUUGCUCAACCCCGUCUGCUCUCACUUUAACCGGAUUGUAGCGCAUUUUGGACUGAUUUCGGGGACACACAAGAGGUUUGUCCGGAUAAAGGCGACUGAAGUGACUUUAUAUCAGAAGGUGAUGGAGUUUCGCAGGACUUUAGAUGCUCUGUUCAUUGUGUUUGCGCUCGUUUGCUUGUCUCAAGGAUCUCGCCCCAGACUUGAGGAUGCUGCUCCACGGAUUAUCGAACACCCAUCAGACCUGAUUGUUUCUAAGGGCGAGCCCGCCACUUUGAACUGUAAAGCCGAGGGUCGGCCGAUCCCCAUGGUGGAGUGGUACAAAGAUGGCGAGCGAGUCGAAACUGACCGAGAGGAUCCACGCUCCCACCGCAUGCUUCUCCCCAGCGGCUCCCUCUUCUUCCUCCGAAUCGUUCAUGGAAGGCGCAGCAAGCCUGAUGAAGGCGUGUACGUUUGUGUUGCGAGGAAUUACUUGGGUGAGGCUGUCAGCCGUAAUGCCUCUUUGGAAGUCGCAAUUCUUCGGGAUGAUUUUCGACAGACGCCCAGUGAUGUGGUGGUUGCAGCAGGGGAGCCGGCAGUGAUGGAGUGCAUCCCUCCAAGAGGCCACCCAGAACCCACCAUCUCCUGGAAGAGGAACAACGUGAAAGUGAAUGACAAGGAUGAGAGGAUAACGAUCCGGGGAGGGAAGCUGAUGAUUUCUAACACACGGAAGAGUGAUGCCGGAAUGUACGUGUGUGUCGGCACUAAUAUGGUUGGAGAGAAGGACAGUGACCCUGCUGAACUUGUAGUGUUUGAGCGGCCCAUGUUUGUACGAAGACCUGUGAAUCAGGUGGUCCUCGCUGAUGACACAGUGGAUUUCCAGUGUGAAGUUCAGGGAGACCCCACUCCGACCAUACGCUGGAAGAAAGAGGAGGGAGAGCUGCCUCGGGGAAGGUUUGACAUCCGUGCCGACAACAGUCUGCGCCUGACUCAGGUGAAAGCUGAAGAUGAAGGCUCGUACACCUGUUUAUCUGAGAACAGCGUGGGCAAAGCUGAAGCAUCCGGAACACUUCAGGUCCACGUCCCCCCUCAGAUUGUUGUUCGUCCACGAGAUCAGAUCUCUGCCCAGGGCCGUACUGUCACCUUCCUUUGUGGCACAAAGGGAAAUCCCCCUCCUGCUGUGUUCUGGCAGAAAGAAGGCAGUCAGGUCCUGCUGUUCCCUAGUCAGCCUCCUUCGCAGUCAGGCCGAUUCUCUGUGUCACUUAGUGGAGAGUUGACCAUUACAGAUGUUCACAGUGAGGAUUCGGGGUACUAUAUCUGCCAGGCCAUUAGUGUUGCAGGCAGCAUCCUGACAAAAGCCCUUCUUGAGGUGGAAAGCACCCCUUCUGACAGGAUCCCCCCCAUCAUCCGCCAAGGCCCGGCCAAUCAGACGCUGGCCCCAGGGACAUCCGCCCAAUUGCAGUGCCAUGUGAUGGGCAACCCUCUUCCCAGCAUACAAUGGGAGCGAGACGGGCAGAGAAUCUUGGGGAACGAUGAGCGCAUUAGCCUAAUGGAAAAUGGCACUUUACAAAUCACAGCCUUGCAGGAAACGGACUCCGGGGCCUACACCUGUGUUGCCUCCAGUUUGAGUGGAGAGACAAUCUGGAGUGGUGUGCUCACAGUGAAAGAGAGUGGAGGUCUCUCCUUACCCCCAGUUUCAGAGCCCUACCAGCUGCCUGGUCCACCCCAGAAGCCUGUCGUAACUGACGUGACCCGUAACAGCGUGACACUGACCUGGCAACCAAAUGCACACGAGGGUGGGGCCGCUGUCACUUCUUACAUCAUCGAAGCCUUCAGCCAAUCCGCAGGCAGUACAUGGCAGACAGUUGCAGAUUUUGUGAAACUGGAGAAGCACACAGUCACCGGGUUGUCUCCGAAUACUAUUUACCUGUUCAUUGUGCGGGCAGUCAAUGCUUAUGGCCUGAGUGACCCCAGCCCCAUAUCCGAGCCUGUACGCACACAAGAUGUGAGUCCUACAGGUCAAGGUGUGGACCACCGUCAGGUGCAGAGGGAGCUGGGAGAGAUGGCCGUACAGCUUCACGAACCUGUGCUUCUGACCGCAUCCAGCUUUAAGAUCAGCUGGAAUGUUGAUCGUCAGUCUCAGUACAUCCAGGGUUAUCGUUUGCUUUAUCGUCCUGUCGGCAGCUCUUGGUCUCAGCAGGAAGUGAAAGCAGCAACGGAGCGUAGCACCAUCAUCACUAACUUGCUCAAAGGCACGGAGUACGAGAUUAAAAUACGACCCUACUUUAAUGAGUUCCAGGGCCUGGACAGCCGUCCGCUGACAUUCCGCACACCAGAGGAGGUUCCGAGCGCACCCCCUCGUGCUGUAACCGUGGCAACCGUCAAGCUCAGCAACAGUUCUAGCAUCAGUGUUUCAUGGCAACCGCCUCCCACUGAGAUGCAAAAUGGAGUGAUUCAAGAGUACAAGGUUUGGUGUCUGGGUAAUGACUCUCAAACGCAUUACCAUGUCAAUCAGACCGUGGAUGGAAAUGUGCUGACCACCCUAUUAAAGGGGCUUCUGCCAGGCGUGUUGUACCAGGUGGAGGUGGCGGCAGUAACCAGCGCAGGAGUGGGCACCCACAGCCAGCCAGUAUCUGUGCUUAUCAAAUUGCCUGCAGAGCAGCCGGCAGUCACAGGUGGAGGCAGUGAAUCUGAUGAGAAUGUAAGUCUGGCUGAGCAGAUCACAGAUGUAGUGAAGCAGCCUGCCUUCAUUGCGGGCAUUGGUGGGGCAUGCUGGGUAAUUCUUAUGGGAUUCAGUGUGUGGAUCUACUGCAGACGCAAGAAGAGGAAAGAACUCAGUCACUACACAGCAUCAUUUGCUUACACACCCGCAGUUGGCUUUCCACAUGGAGAAAGUUCUGGUCUCAGUGGAAGACCUGGUAUGCUUGGUGCUAACAUGGGAAAUUACCCUUGGCUGGCUGACUCUUGGCCAACUACCAACCUUGUACACAACGGAAAAGACUCGGUCAACUGCUGUACAUCUAAACAUGACACAGCAGAGAGAUACUAUAAUGAGACUGGAAUCUCUAAUUACCUGAAUCAAACAGAGAAGUACAGCACUGACUCCAAUGAAGGUCCCAUCUACAGCACCAUUGACCCAACCAGUGAGGAUUUGCGUAGCUUCUCCGCUCAAUACUCUCAACAUACUACGCCCUACGCCAGCACACCCAUCAUGCCUUUCACCAACCAGGCACCUUGCAGCCCCGAGCAAGUUGGCAGUCACUGGAUGACACAGCCUGGAACCUCCAGCGCUCAGUACGCCCAGCCUGACCGCUCUAAGACUGAUAAUGCAAAACCAUCAAAGCAGAAGUUGAUGGGGAAGCCAGUGAAAACUCCAGCUCUCAAUUGGAUGGAUGCGUUGCCCCCUCCACCCCCCUCUGGAGAGCUGGACCAAUGUGAAGAGGAGGAUGAUAAUGAGCUAAUCCAAGACAUGGGGUCAGAUGAGGAAGAAUGGUGUCCACCCCUCCCGGAGAGGACAUACCUCAUGGAUGGCAUGAUAGAGGACGGUCCCGCCCCACCUCCGAGAGGAGAGACCUCUUCCCCCACCAUGUCCUACAGCCACCAAUCCACUGCCACCCUAACACCAUCUCCCAGAGACGAUGGCCACUGCCAUGAUAUACCACGCUUACACCAGCUCGAACAGCCACAGAUAGCACGCCGGUUGCCGUGUGGACCAGUACCCGUGCCACACGCACCAAGCCCCCCUCUCACCCAGUCCAACCCAAACCUGUCGGCCAAUCAGGAGUGUUCUGACAACACUGUGCCACUCCGUUCAGCACAAAAACGGGACCUGAGCCAAGGAGUUGCCCAAAACGUAGAGAACAUCAGCAAUACCACGCCAGGCCGAGUGAGACCUUCUGCAGACCAAACACACACACCUCCUAGCCAGAAAUCCAGAGUAAAGAAGAAAACCUCCAAGAGCGGUCAAUACCGACGAGAUAUACUGCAAGGCGAUCUGCCCCCUCCUCCAGAGCCACCCCCUGAGGAUGAGGCUGACUGUGCCCAAGUAGAGGGAUGUGAAUGUGGACAGACAUCCUUGGAGAGAGUGGGAAGCUCACAUUCCUCCAUGGAGAGGAGAGAACAGGGCACACCUAACCGGAAAAACUCUGCUCAUAGACGGAUAGAUGAAGAUGAAGACUUAAUUCCUUACAACAAGCCCAAUUUCCUGUCACGGGGUCAGAUGCCCAGCAACUGCUCCACAACAGGAAGUUCAUCAUCACGGGGGUCCACAGGAUCCCGAGGUCACGGAACGGGCAGGAAGAGGAAUGAUGAUAUGAGAUAAGGGAAGGCUGUGGAACAAGUGAAGUUUGACUUGAACAUCCCUCCAUUUUCGUUCCACCUCCUUCCUUGAGGAAAGUGAGGAAACAAAGCGAAGAGAACGAGUGUAAAGAUUCAGAGCCUGCCUCACUGAUCGUGCAUCUCAGACUUUUGAUUAUGUUAUUAAUUAUUGUUAUUAUUGUUAUUUAUGACCUUCAUGGGGGUAUUUUCGUCAUGCUGUCACUGUAAAUAAUCAUCCGUUGAAGCUUUGUACAUGGGAUCCAGAUGCAAGGAAAGAAGAGUAUAUUGUAUUUAUACAUGAAAGAAAUGAAAUCAUGUUAAAAAAAAAGUUUGAUAUUAUAGAUAAGUUAAUGUCUGAAUGUGCCAAACUCUUUUGUAGAAAUUUAUACAGUACCGUUUCAAAGCAUAACAAUGUUGCACUCUUGUUGUGUUGGAAAACAACAAAAAAAUACAAAGCACAAAAUGUGUUGUUUGACCAGCCAGCUAGACAGCCUAUCACGUGACCUCACCGAGCCGAGGAUGCGUCUGUCUGUCUGUCCCCAUCUGUGGAUCCCUGUCGUUAUGGUCACAAGAGAAUGUGGUUCCUUCUUUCUUUUCAAAGCCAAGAGAGUUUGUCUUUUGACAACUGUUGUGAAAGAUUGUAUUUGUCUUUUUUUAAGGAGUGUUUUGGAGACAGUGAGAAAAUGUAUUCCAUUGAAAAAACCAAAAUGACUGUAUGUUCCUUUGACUAACUUUUUGGUAGUCCUUGUUGUUUUGUAUAAAUAAAAUAAAAAUACAUUUG